UCUUUUAGGACUGACAAAACAUGUGAUUUUUUGGAUAGGAGACAUCAACGAUACCUCACUGAUGUGUAAAACAAUCAACAAAAUGUCGAAAAAAGGAAAAGCGUCAUCCGAUACGACGAUUCAAGGCAAUGUAUUUAAUUUCCAAAAACUAGCACUAGCAGCACAUGAGCCGUAUACUCGAACAUCAGGAGCAAGUUAGGGCAAACCGACCAGAAAGUGGGUACCAAAUCGUGAAGUACCAAAAACGAUGUGAGGGAGAGCCGAAAUAUAUGCAGGAUGACAGUCGUGUCAGUCCUCUGGUUUUCGCUCCUGUUUUUUCGUUUUUUUUUUCUGGCAAAAGUGCGGCUGCAUUGAUGUGCGAUUUUCAUCCUGGCUGGACAGAUUUCCUUUCCGUAGUAGUUAGGUUCCAUGAAUAAUUCCACUUAUUCCCAUUUCUCCGAAGAGCUGAGCAGCAGAGCAUCUGAGCAACAACACAGCACCAUGUAUGAGCCGGAUUUCACCAAUUUCCAGUUGUCCGAAAUGGGAAUCAAGCAGGAACCAGCUGAUGAUGAUGAGUCGGAACAUAACAAAACGGACGUAUACUACGACGAGGAUGGGCGUAGAGUGCAGGACACUAAUUACGGCAACGGGAACUCUCAUCAGGUUCCGGCGGAAAAGCGGAACAAUUUGCCCGCUCCUCGAGGGUCGAAUCCGCGAAAAGGUCUUCUCGUCCAUCCGGGCUACAAGUGGGAGGACAUGAAUCCCAUCGUGCGGGAUCCUCUGUGCAGCACCGACUCGGAUUUGGCUUACUUUUGGCCGGUCUACGUGAGCAACUUCCGGUGCGCUAAUCGGAACGACGAGCUGGACAGCGUCCGGGAAUACUUUGCUUCCAAGGGACUUCACGUGAGAUGGUGGUUCCGCCAGAAGGGAAGGUACUUUUACGAAUUUCAGAGGGUGAGUGGAAUCUACGACAUGUUGGUGUACUUCGUCUCGGAGUAUGACACGUAUCUGGCCAUCCGGAUGUGCCAUCGGGAUUCCUACAACGGGUACACGUUGAACGUGUUCCCGGGACGGGUUCCGGUCUAUUUCGAACCGCUGCGCAGCGUAGAGAUCAUGAAGAAAGCGAAGGACAUGGUUUACAGCGAGCAGUUCUACGAGAAUCACGUAAAAUCCGUCGUUCCGCAGGCGACGAUAACUAGUGUCGUCAAAUUCGAUACCAAACGCGGGGCCAUGGAGUUUAAAAGACGCUCGGACAUGACGAGUGCCGUGGAAAAGGUGAACCAGUUCCGGUGCAAGCCGAUUAGGGUGCAGCAGCAAAAGCAACGCUUUCUAGAGGAUGAUCUGCUGGGGGAAAUCGAACUUCAGUUGGCCUCCAAUGCGAAUGUCCUCCAACCGAAUCCGAAUGAUCGAUAUUUACGCAUGCUUUUGAAAGGGAAUCGUCCGUGCCUCAAAAUCGUCCCGCAACCCAGCAGCACCGUCAUUCCGAGGAAAAAACAACCGAUGGAUCCCAUGCUGAGGCAAUGGCUGAAGCGACAGGAGCGCCGCAUCGUCAAGAGUCUGGUCCAGGGAAGUGAACCCAUUUGCAACAACAACAGGAACAAAAAGCGCUUUAAGCGACUGGUCCGCAAGGUGCAGAAUCGCUUCGCGAGAGGGGAAAUUGUCUGAACAUGUUCCGAAAUGGUUCUCCGGAUGAUGUGGAGUGAGUAUUAGUAUUUCAUUUGAAGGCUUUGUUUUACUUUCGGAAAUGGUAACGUUCAUUGAAUUAGAACUGAACAAAGAGAAAAUUUUGUUUUAACAUGUGAAUUCGUUGAAUAAAUUUAUUACUUUUUUCUCAGAAUAUAAUAA